AUGUCAACAACCUCCAGUCUACAAGCGUUUCUCUCAUGGGCUCAAGAACACGGUGUGGAGUCUGAGCUUAGUGUUCAAGAAAUUCCAGACAAAGGUCUAGGUUUUGUCACCAAACGUACAGUCGUUCGCGACAACAAAAAAAAGGUUGUUAUUCCGAAAUCACUGUUGCUAAACGCAACCAAAGUUGGAAA